CGAGGAGUAGGAGAUCAAGGGAUUGGAUAAGCGAAAAUUCUUGGUGAGCGAGCAACCAAAGAAGAGGAGAGGGAGAUGGAUCAGUUAACAGCGAGCCAGCUCGGUAGUCAUGGGGUCGGGACUUUGAGUGCCACCAUUGCUGCCCUGGGAAUUAAUGUUUUUAUUUCAGUUCCCCAAAGAAGAUAGCUUGAAACCCUAAAAUUUGCAUAUGUAUGUUCGCUUGUUGCUGCAACCGAUUGCUUCGGGGAGUACAAAACGACUGAGGAACUGGUGAUUUCGACUCGGUUCUUUGCUAUUAUCUGCUAUUCGCUUGUUCUAUUCUUUGCCGUCGUUUGUUCUAGUCUCUGCUGGACCUAUUCUGUAUUCUCUUCAUUGGUUCUAGAGGUGUUCCUGUUCGUCGCUUGUUCUAGUCUGCUGGUCGACUCAGUUUCCAGUGGAGCAUCAAAUAUGGCAGUCAUCAAAGUCAUACUAGUGAUUUUUGCAUUAUUUCUACUAUGUGCAUUAUUAUCUUCCACAACAACAUCGGUGUCAUCAUGCACAGCGUAUUACAAUGAUGGUGGAGCAGCCGCGGUUUUUCAAUCUCCAGAAUGUGGAUGGUCUAUGUCAUACUAUGGAGUUUCCAAAAAUCAUACUAUGAAUUGUCAAUCAGCUACCCUUCAAGGACGGAGAGAUUACCAAGAGGAUCGGAUUUUAUGCGAUCUUGAUGUAAAGAUUCCUUUCUCUGCCAAAAAUGGGCUUAAUCAAGACAUGACAGUAGGAAUUGCUGCAAUUUUUGAUGGUCAUGGUGGCUCUGAAGCAAGCGAGAUGGCUUCAAGGCUUUUCAUUGAUUUCUUUCGAUUGCAUACGCAUUUCAUCCGUGAAGAAAUUGUAGAUAAGUUUGGCUAUAGCCACAGUUCUGAUCAAAAGCCAGCACUGGACAUUUUGAAGGAAGCAUUAGUGAGGACAAUUCACGAUAUUGACUAUAAAGUCACCAAAGAAGCUUCUAAAUUCAAUUUUGACUCUGGAUCAACUGCAACGGUUGCUCUUCUGGUAGAUGGUCAGGUUUUGGUUGCUGGUGUUGGUGACUCAAAGGCUCUUCUAUGCUCAGAGAAACCAAUAACUCAACAAGAAAUUGAAGACUAUAUAGCAUCUUAUGAGCACAAGAGAAUAAAUGGUGGAAAAUGUCCACGUCGGGACUAUGGAGAUGCAGAAUGGACUCAUCUCUCGGCCAAAGAAUUGACAAGAGAUCAUCAUCCAGACCGAGACGAUGAGCGAUUGCGGAUAGAGAGCGCAGGUGGAUUUGUAACUUUCAGACGUUAUGAUGUUCCUCGAGUUAUUGGCCAAUUAGCUGUAUCUCGAGCCAUUGGUGAUUUACGCUACAAACCGUACGGAGUGAUAGCGGAACCAGAAGUGACAGAAUGGCAACCAUUGGACCUUAAUGACAAGUUUCUGGUGGUAUCAUCUGAUGGGAUAUUUGAAAGGCUUAAUCCGCAGAAUGUUUGCGAUCUCUUACCAAAUCCAAGUAGAAAAGCAUUCAAGCUAUUCUCUUCAUGUCAAGACCCUGAAUGUAUAUUAGAGAUCGCUUUCGAAGAGGGUAGCUCUGAUAACUUGUCAGUCAUUGUGAUUCCCAUUGAAGCCUCCUCCCGUAGAAGUUAAUAUUGCAAUUGUGGAUGUGAAAAGGAGUGGAAGGAGAGACAGGAAGAUUCUUUUGUGAAUUAUAUGCAUAAAAUUUAUUAUUUAUUAUGAUUGGUAUGAUUCUUUUGUGAAU